AUGUACUCCUGCAGCGAGCGAGACCGCUCGGCCGCGGCGGCGCGUAUCAUGGAGUCCAGCGCCAAGUACCAGCCAUGCAACACGGCGGCGACGCGGACGGCCGCCGGCCAGGUCCCCUCGGACGCGCAGCGGCAGCAGCAGCAGCCGUCGCCGCGGCGCGCCAGGAGGAAGCACCCGGCGUCGGCGUCGCGCCGGUCGUCCACCACCGUUGUGGCGACCGACGUGUCCAACUUCCGCGCCAUGGUGCAGGAGCUCACCGGCUUCCCGCCGGCCGCCAUCUUCCGGCCGCUGCCGCGCCGGGCCCACGCGGCAACCACCGCCGGCAGCGUCCGGGGCGUGGUGCAGCCGCUGGCGCACCCGCCGAAGUGCGCCCCGCCCGGCGUGUUUGACGGGCUGCCCGACCUCGGGUCGCCGGAGUUCGACACGUCGCCCGACUUGACCUUCGAAUGACAAUACAGCAGUCCUGGUCGGUAGAUUGUUAUAAUCAAGGGUGACUUGGUAAUUUCCUCCUGCUCAUGUUUAUGUUUGCGUUUGGCAAGUCCUUUUCAAAAACAAGUCAUUUGUACAGCACACAAGUUUAUACAUGGCUAAAGUAAUG